AACCCAAGCAAGCGGCCAAGCCAAUGGCCAAGCGGUGUAUUUAAACGAACAUAACGACCCACUCGCGCAGGCUCGCGCUAGAACACGGGCUGCACGAGCGCAUUUUGUCUUGUGGUAACAUCCCAGCGCCCAAAGCCGCCGGCGAAAUGAGCGAGCCUCUGCGAACAGCAGCCUCGGACAUCCGGAGCUUCACCUCGCAUCACAAGACCAUGUCGACGACAGAGGUCGACACGGUGCAUCCACUUACGAAGUCUCUGCUGAGCCAAGGAAGGCGUCACGUGCUGUCUGACCUAGUGAACAGUUGCUCCGGUGGCGCUCCCAGCGAAAAGACGAGCAGUGUGGACCAAAAGGCAUUGGCAGCAGACUGCUCCAGCGAUGGGACCAAGCUACGUCCUGUAGAAGUUCGCAGCGCCACUGCACGGACAUGCCUGAACAUCCCAAGUCCCGAGCCGGUUGUGCCCAUUCCAGCGGACAUUUCUCAGAGUCCCGAAGAGAAGGCUGGUAACCUCUCCAUGGAAGUGAUGCACACCAAGCUCGACUGCUCGGAUGAGCUGUAUGUGCUAUCGGACGAAUCGUCUCUGGCUGUGACAGAUGAUGCUCAGGAGGACAGCUUGCUGUCAUCCCUCGCUGCGCCUGGCAUGGAUCAUCUCGUCGAAGGACUUCCAGACUACUUGCAGCUUGAGCCUGUGAAGCUCUUCUGUGAAACACCCGAGUGCCUCGAACCAGUUCCAGACAUGCCGGUCCCAGAGGUGGAACUCGGUGUGGACGGGCCUUCUGACCCGGAUGAAGAGUCCGAAAUCGAAGCCAUGCACCUGUAUGACGACGAAGUGGGCUUCUACGAGCUGCCAGAUGAGUUCAAGCUGGAAGACAAGGACUUUGAGGUGCUGAGGGAUGUGUGUGGAGUCAGGUUGCAUCAGAAGCGCAGCGGGCCGGUCAUCCCAUCAACGCCCCCGCCGCUUGAGCACUCGCCCACUCUGGAUGUGGGCUACUUCGAAGACUUUGUGGACCUGGAGACCAUUGAAAAGCCUAUACAAGACCAGCUUCAGUAUGUGCCACUGGACUGACCGAGGGCUGCUGUAGAGCUUGCAACCAUGACUUGCAGUCCAUUUGCAGUUUUUAAGACCUUUAAGUGCAAGGAGGAAGGGACAGCACAUAAUGUGAACUCCAUAGAUUUUGUGGCUGCUUAAAACGACUGAGCUCGGCUAUGUGCUGGGCCUGCCUUCUCUUGUCUUGACAAAGUGCCUGCCAGCAAGUUUCUGGCACUGCGUUCAGGCUGUCGGGAUGCACCGCUAUAGCCUGUAAAUAAAGUGCUCUUUUAAACACCUAAGCAAUGUGUAUUUAAACAAUAGUUGCUAGUGGAGAUGAUGUCCUCCAACUCAUUGCCCCCCUUUCUCCAGACUCUAGAACUCCAUUGCUCUCCAUGAAGGUAAAAAGAAACCUAGUGUUCCCAGUUUACAUGUUUUGAAACAGAAUAUUCCUGCAGUUGCCCAUUCUUUAUGCAUUGUGUCUAUGUACUGAAAAAUGUCCCCUGCUUGCAUUCGUGGUGAAUCGUGCAGUGCUGCAAAUGCUAAGCAAUGCUUGGGCCUUUUAACUCUAUAGUGGAGGAAAAGAUGGUUUGCUGUUGCUAGGGCAUGCUGUGGGCCUGAGCUGUGCUGCCAUUUCGUCCACUUCGAUUUAUUUUAUGAGUAAUGUAAUUGGGCAGAAUGAUUUCUAUUCAAUUAAAGAAACUUCCUUGGCA